AUGGGGAUCUUAAGAUGCCGAAAACAGCAAUGCUUCGGCAUCGCCAUUGUUGUCGCCAUAUGCACACUGUACCUACUAGGUUUAUGGACAGGUCCCGGCAGGCCCUUGAACGCGAGUGUACCGUUCACCGCGCAACAAAACCCAUCAUCGCCACCAUCAUCCACUACCACGACAACCAGACAUACCGUCCCGGGCGACACGGACUCGACCGUACGAACAGCAGACCGCGGUCCAAAGCCAGCACCCCCAGGUCAGCACCCCGUGUCGCACCUCAUCCAAGCAGCCGAGGUCGAGAUGAAAGCCACGCUCGCCCGGCAGUCCAAGACGCUCCGGGACGCCGUGGCCGAGUAUCGCCGGCGGCAUGACGGCCUGCCACCACCGCCAAACUUUGACAAGUGGUGGGAGUUUGCGCGCGCGCGCGACGUGCAGCUCAUCGACGAAUUCGACGGCGUCGCGAACUUACUGACCCCGUUCUGGGGCCUGCGGCCCGCAACGAUCCGCGGCCGCGCCGCCGAGGCGCUGGGCUUCGCGGGGAACCUGCUGCUCGGUGUGCAGGUCCGCGGCGGCAGGGUCGCGCACAUAUCGGGAGGCAAUGACUGGCACCGCAAAGCCCUCAGCGGCAUGAUGGCCUCGUUCGUCGAGCACCUGCCCGACAUGGACCUGGCGUUCAACGUCCACGAUGAGCCGCGCGUGGUGGUGCCGCACGAUGACAUGGCGAGGUUGGUUGCGCGGGCUGCAGAGGAGAGGGCCGCUGCGGCUGCGGGCAAGAAGCCUAGGAACUCGUUCGGCUCGCCCGGGGGUGAGGCAAGGCCCGUGGGGCUGGCGCCCGAGGGCGGGUUCGACGCCGUCGGCACGACGCGGUUCAACACGUAUGCGCACCAGUCGACCUGGCUGCACUCGCGGGCGUCGUGCGGGCCGGGCUCGGCGGCGCGGAUCCUCGACGACUCGGAGCGCGUCGACGACGUCUCGCAGUCGCUGAUGGGGGAGCUGGGCUUCGUGUACAACGCCACAGCUCUGUCCGACGUCUGCUCGUCGCCGUCCCUGGCCACCUCGUUUGGGCUCUUCGAGAGACCCAACGCUUACAGCGUGGUGCAGGAGCUGUUCCCCAUAUUUUCAGCGUCCAAGGUGUCGACCUACGCCGACAUCCUGUACCCCGCCCCUUGGUACUGGUAUGAGAAGGUCGCGUACGACGAGGCGCAGGACCCGAGCUGGGAGAGCAAAAAGGCAAAGCUGUACUGGCGCGGCUCGACCACGGGCGGAUACAGCCGCAACGGCGGCUGGAGGCGCCACCAUCGGCAGCGCAUGGUGGACAAGCUCAGCAAUGCCGAGUCGGCCAAGAUUCUCGAGCCCGUCCCAACCAGCGACGCUUCGCAGCAACAGAAGUGGCAGGCGAAGCCGGCACCACGCAGCCGCCUCGCGUCCCUCUUCGACGUCUUCUUCUCGCACGUCGGGCAGUGCGACCCAGCCGACUGUGACGAGCAGGAGCGGCACUUCACCGUCAAGGGCCGGACGCGGCCCGAGUCGGCCUGGCACUACCGGCACCUCCUAGACGUGGACGGCAACGCCUUCUCGGGCCGCUUCUACGCCUUCCUCCGGUCGCGGAGUCUCGUCUACAAGCUGUCCAUCUUUCGCGAGUGGCACGCCGAUUGGCUCAAGCCCUGGGUCCACUACGUGCCCAUGAGCCUCCGCGGCGACGACUGGGCCGAGCUCGUCAGGUACUUUAGCGAAGGCGGCGCGGAUGGCGGCGAGGAGCUGGCCCAGCAAAUGGCGCUCGGCGGUAGGGAGUGGGCCGCCAAGGUGCUGCGGAAUGAGGACCUCGAGGUGUGGUUCUUUAGGUUGCUACUUGAGUACGGCCGGGUCGUCGAUGACGAUAGACAGAAUAUUGGGUAUUUGGCUUGA